AAGACCAAGCCCAAGACCAAAUAUAAAAAAAAAACGCCGAGACUCGAUGAUAUCUAUCUUCUAGGUCAAAAGUAUUCCAGUGUCGCCGCCUCUCUCUCUCUCUCUGCUUCUUUGUUCUUUAAACAAACAAAAAAAUUAUCUUCCUUUCGUUCUCCCGAUGGCAUCGAAGAGGCUGGGUCUGUUUGCGGUUCGUUCGAUCAAGCCUCGACGUUUUGGUUCCUCCAGUGGUGAUAACGGUGCUCUUCAGGGUGAGUUAAAGAACGAGAUUAAGAAGCUGAAUGUCGCCAUCGAAACGCGUAAUUCUACACGAAAAUCAGACCUUUCAAAUUGGAGAGACGAGUAUGAAGAUAAUUUGGAUAAAACGAUUAACAAGUUGAAGUUGAUUCAAACAGAGCAUACGGCUGAUAUGUUGAAAGCGGCAGAGCGAAAAAUUGGAGAAAGCAAGCAUGGAUCUAGAGAAGCAACUUGCGGAUCGACCAGCUAAAUGGCCAGGUAGUUUGGCUCAGUUUUGUGACUUUGGCUUCGGUAUCCAUUGCUGCUUUGGCCUCAUCCCGUUUCUGGUAGUCUGUGGUCUAUUUUAGACCAUUGGUUUUGGACU